AUGGAAACGCAGAUCCGUCGUGCCGUACGUGGCGACGUCCACGAAAUCGCUGCUAUGAUCCAAGAGCUGGCGAAUUUCGAGAAGGAGUCGGACUCGAACAAAGCCACACCGGAAAAAAUUCUGGAGACCGUCAACUUCGCGGACGACGCUCCACCCGAACGCAUUUCCGGUUUCCCAUUGAUGGGUGCUCCGAGUCGCAAAGUGGCUCACUGCUUUGUGCUUACAGUCGGUGAGCAGGUCGCUGGUAUGGCGUUGUUUUUCUACAGCUACAGCACGUGGCUGGCGUCACCUGGCGUGUACCUUGAAGAUCUGUACGUACGCCCGGAAUUCCGCCGUCGAGGGCUAGCAACGCUCUUGUUCGGUGCGUUGGCUGAAGAAACUCAACGUAUCAGCGAAGGGGAAGGGCGACUCGAGUGGUCGUGUCUGCGCUGGAACGAAGGAGCACUCAAGUUCUACGAGCGUAUUGGAGGCACACGCAUGGAAGAGUGGGUUAGCAUUCGAGUUGCGGGCGGUGAUAUACUGGAGCAUCUCAAGAAACUUGCGGACGAAGUUCGCGCUAAGAACAGCAAGUAA